AUGCGUGAGUGCAUAAGCGUACAUGUCGGCCAAGCCGGUGUCCAGAUGGGCAAUGCCUGUUGGGAACUCUACUGCCUCGAACAUGGCAUCCAGCCCGAUGGCCAAAUGCCCAGCGACAAGAGCGUCGGUGGUGGUGACGACUCCUUCAACACCUUCUUCAGUGAGACUGGUUCGGGCAAGCACGUGCCGCGUGCAAUAUUCGUUGACCUUGAGCCAACGGUCGUUGACGAAGUUCGAUGCGGAACCUACCGCCAACUCUUU